UGAAAAUUCUCCAUUGAAAUUUUCAAUUGGAUUUUGACUCCGACCCAGCAAAUCAUUUUUAUCUAAAAAACAAGAUGGAAUCAAACUUGUGAAAUAAUAUUAUUUAUCCGAGUCAGGAUACUUGAAAAAUUAAUACGAGUACAUGCACUCAAAGUGCAGCUGUAAGAGCAAAAAGAACAAACUGUUGUGCGAUCCUUUUCUCUCUGAAUUCACUCCCCCAAUACGUAUAAACCGUUCGUGCCGUUCAACCUGUCAUAUCGGAAUGUCAAUUCUGUACAUAUGAUACGUGUACGUAAUGUGGAACAAGAAACGAACACAAAAUAAGAUGGCAUUACACUCAUUUAUCUUUUACACAACUAUACUAAACACAAAAUCUCGGUAUUUUUAAAGUUAUAUCAGUAAAACCAUACAUGAAUUGAGUAAUGGCACCCAUGAAGGAUAAGUGGAUUAGACGUUUUAUAAUUACUGAAACCACACGACACAAGAAAGGCUUUACAAUUUACAAAGUUACAUCAGUGGUGUUUCUGAAGUUUUCUCAUCAGCAGGUGUCAAAAGUGUCUGUGUGGAAGCGUUACAAUGACUUCAAGAGGCUUCAUUCAGAACUAAGCAGUUUGCACAAACGUUUAAGAAUCAAAGAGAGUUUCCCGAUUUUUCCCAAGUCAAAAUAUUUCGGCAGAUUUGAGGCCGAAGUUAUAGAGGAACGGAAAAAAUAUGCUCUCAAGUUUUUGGAAUUUGUUGGGCGUUAUUCAUACUUAUAUUCAAGUGAUAUUUUUAUAAGAUUCUUUGAAACUAGUCAUGCGGAUAAUUAUAUCAGUGAUUGCGCGCAAUCUUUAAGUUCCGACACGUCGGAAGACGAUCGUAUCAUUGUUUUGAAUGAUUCUUUAAUUGCGAAUGAUGUCGCGGCACAAAGUACUUCUCACACAUCGUGUUUGUCCAAAACACAUCACAAUGCUUCAGGUUCUAGUUUAUCAAAUAUCUGCGGAAAAACUGCCUCAGUAUCUUCUCAGAAAAAAAAUGAAUCUCACAGUAAUGCUACUAGUAUACAGAAUGUAAGCGUUAAAAUAAGGGAAGAUCAAAGCUGCAAAAGUUUUGAUCACAAAAGUGACACGGCAUUGCUGAGCAACGUGUCCGGAUUUGACAACCUAAACAAUAACAUUAGCAAUCACUUAACGGUAAAUUCGAUAAUACCAAAUGAAAAGUUGAAUCUCCCACAAACACAGCCUAAAGUUACACAGUAUCUUGUGAUAGCAGCUGCUCAUAUAAGCGCAGCCUUUCAACACGAAUCUCUAAUGGAGUACAGGGAAGCGUUCACACAGUACAAACUGGGAAUAUUGUGUCUUAUGAAUGGCGUGCAGUCCGAUACGGAUAGCACAAGAGUACCGACUAUAAAAGAUAAGAUAUCGAAGUAUAUAACACGCACCGAACAAUUAUACAACAAGCAUUUAGAUAAUAAUAUCUCAAUAAUAAGCAAACCGGUAUCAGAGCUUCAGUAUUACAAAGUACUCAAAAUAAUCAAGUCAGUGAUGCUUGUGACAGAUAUGCGUACAAAUUGUAACAGGAUAAUAAAGACCGUAGAAAAAUCUCUAUAUGGCGGUAACACAAAUGCUUAUAUAUUAUGUGAACAGAUACCACAUAUGGUUCAUUUAUAUGCAUAUAUUGAAACAGAGACAACUGUUUUUUUGAUCCUUCAAUACGCAAGUUGCGGAAGAUUAUGGGAUUUCAUACAUCUACAUUACAAAGUAUAUGACAAUUUGCAUAUUAAUGCAAUUUCGGAUCGCGUGUGUGUAAAUGAACGUGUCAACGGAGAACUCGACAGUAACGAUAAUAUCGACGAUGUAAGUAAGAUCGACAAAGUUGUAGAAGAUAACAACCAGAGAGAUCAACAUUCAACGGAUAGCGAGAUCCAUGCGGAAGUUCCUACUACACAACUGUUGGAAAAGUCGCAAAAGUUGUUGCAAUCUGUUAAUGCAACAUUAAAAAAAAGCAAUUUCAUCGCAAAUCGAUUGAACGAAUUCAAAGAGUUGGACAAUUCUGUUCACGUGAACGACAGAAUUGAAAAUACAUCCGAUAAAACGUGUUCUUCGGAUGUUAACAUAUCGUGCGGUAUUAACGAAACACAAUAUUCGUCUAAAGAGACUGUUGUUGCGGAUGAAGAACAAGAGCUUUGGCAAAUACCUGAGGCUGUGGUUCGUUCAUGGGCAGCUGAAAUUCUCUUAGCUCUAGAGGCGCUUCAUCAACAGGAUGUCCUAAUCCGCGACUUCAGACCCGAUAAUAUUCUUCUCGACGAUACGGGUCAUGUACGGCUCACUUAUAUCGUGCCACAACACAACGUGGAACUGUCGAAAUUAACAUAUCCAUACUCGUCACCCGAGCUGAUGAUGUUCCCGACCAUUCCCGUCACAUCUGCUACGGAUAUCUGGAGUUUUGGAGUAAUUCUGUACGAACUACUUGCCGGCAUUACAUUUGACACAAAACAUCCGGGAGCAUUCCAUUCACAUUCCACCAUCAGCAUUCCCAGGAAGCUAACGGAAAAUGCAAAAUCUUUGUUAUACGGUAUACUGAAAUAUCAUCCAAAUGAGCGUUUGACAAUAGAUGAGAUAAAGCGUCAUCAGUUUUUUACAGAAGUCGAUUGGUCCAGCAAGAUCGGCUCUCAAACAUAAUACUUAUUAGAUGUAAUAAA